GCCAACGCGUACGCGAAGCAGACGCCAGGCACCAGCCCCGCACCACUCCCCCCACCGCAGGCAGACCGCAGGAGCGACCGAGAGGUAGGGACGCGCACCAGCAGAUCCCAAGCGCACCGGCGAGGAGGAGCAGACCGGCGGCGGCGAUGGGUUUCAUCAAGGAGUUCGCGGAGAACCUGAUCCUCCGCAUGAUGGAGGACCCGGACAAGCGCGACCAGGUGCGGCGGGAGCACGUCUACCGGAUGAAGGAGCGGUGCGAGCGCACCAAGGCGGCGUGGAGCCUCCCGCUCCGCCCCUACGGCUUCUGGACCUUCGAACGCUUCAACUCUCAGCUCUCCUGGGACCCCCAGAUCAGCCAGGCCGCCGGCCGCCGCGACCCCUACGACGACCUCAUCACCCGCCACUCCGGCAGCCCGCCGUCGUCCUGAAACGCCCGUUGCCGAUUACUUUUGCCAGGAAGAUCUACUUGGGCAAAGCAAUAAGGAACUCAUUCCCUCGAACUGAUUGUGAUUCCUUUCUUUUCUGCUUGAAAGUAUUAUCACCGAACCACCCUACUUUCUGUUUAAGUUUGACAUGGAAGCUGAAGGUGAUGCGUACUUCCAUUCUCAACUUGUUGUCUUUGUAUUAUGACGUGUUUCAAUAAUCUUAUAUUGUUGGAUGGUUUGUCAUUUGCCUUGCUAUUUGGGAAACCCUUCCAGUGGCUACAGGCAUCAGUCUUAUAUUGUUGGAUGGUUUGUCAAGGGCUGAUUUUUUUAUAUAUUGUAUCUACAGUGAUUCAGGCGAGCCCUGAGAUCAUGAUCUAUAGACUUUCAUAUAC